UUUCAGAUGUUCACUUCCUCCCAAAUUGUUUCCAGGAGCCCACAUCUGGAUGUUGUGCCUCUAGUAUCUGCCCUCAAGGAGUCUUCAGCUUCUCUAACGAUAAUGGUUGGCUACUUCAUUUGCCUCACUUGUAAAAUUUGUCCUAUCCUCUGCCCCAUAAGAAUGUUAGAAUUUUUGUUCAUUCUUGCUUCUACUUAUCUGACAUUCCAUCGCUAGGUUCUAGUCAGGGAGGAUCAAUAAUGGUUAGAAAUAACCAAGGAGCUCCAAGAAUGAGUGGGUGGAUGCAUGAAUUAAUAAAAUUGUCUGUAGGAUGUAGAGAUUAGAGAGGGGAAUACCGGACAAAAACGUUGGAUGGCGAAGACACUUAGGGUCUUUGUUAGGCACAGUAGACGGGUUAUUUGAAACUUGUUACUUUUUACUGCCUUAAAGUAGAGAUGUGUGUGUGUGUGAAGGCUAAGGUCAAUGUUAUUUUAUAUUGAGACUUAGAAAUUCAGUGUUUAGCCUAGCCUGGCUGGCCAGCAAGCUCAGGAUACUGCUGUCUACUGUCUUCCAGCACUUGGAUCACAGCUAAGCAUUAGGAAACUUAAAAACAGUCAUUUCUCCUGGCUCUGACGCUUCGUUUGCAACCUAGUAUAUAGUAUCUCUAAAGUCAAAACCUGCUUACUAGGUUGGCUCAAAAUCCUUUCUACAGGAGGCUGCUGAACGUGGGCCUGACGUUAAAGACAGGCCGUAUGUGGUCCAGAACUUGCUGGCACACUCCUUUGGAGUGAACUGUUCAAGCCUCCUUGGUGCUGCUUAAGCUGCAGCCUCCUUGCCAACUGUUCAAUCCAGGCAGGAGCCCAGAGCAUCAAUAAAAGACAUUGCGGGAGGCUGCGGGGGUGGAGAAGCCGAUUAUCCGCUUUAUUGUAAAAACUAGAAAAAGUGAGCAGUAACUGGGAAGUGGUUAAUCCUUGUGGAAUUCUGGCUAGCCGGCCAGGCAUUAACCUUGGCAGUAAUUAGGCCAUCAAUGACCCUUUCAGAGAAUGUUCAAAGACCUCAGCUUUGUUUUGAGAACUUGUGUGGGUUUGCACAAGGAAGAGCAGAAAGCCCAGCUGCUCCACACCAUGUUCAAGACCAGAUCUACGGUGAGGAGCAGGGUGCAAGACGACGGGGUCUCCGGUCCUUUCUGCAGCAUGGGGAAGCACAGGCUUCCACACCCAAGCCUGGCGGUGCUGCUGCUGCUGCUGCUGCUGCUCCCAGACACCUCCACACCACAAAAGCCAAUCUACAUGGUGUUGGUUCCUUCCUUGCUCCACACGGGCACCCCUGAGAAGGGCUGCCUUCUCCUCAGCUAUCUAAACGAGACGGUGUCUGUGAGUGCUUUCAUGGAGUCUGUCCAGGGAAAUCAGAGCCUCUUCACUGACCUCGUGGUUGACAGGGACUUAUUCCAGUGUGUCACCUUCACUAUCCCACAGUCUUUGUCCAAUGAGGUGGUGUUCCUCACUGUCCAAGUAAAAGGACCAACUCAGGAAUUCAGGAAGCGGAACACAGUGCUGACUAAGAACAAAGAAAGCCUGAUCUUUGUCCAGACUGACAAACCUGUCUAUAAACCAGAGCAGACAGUGAAAUUUCGUGUUGUCUCAUUGGAUAACCAUUUUCACCCCCUUAAUGAAUUGAUUCCUCUACUGUACAUUCAGGACCCCAAUGGAAAUCGUAUUGAACAAUGGCAGAGUUUCAAGUUAGAACGUGGCCUCAAACAGCUGUCCUUCCCCCUCUCCUUAGAGCCCCCUGAGGGCUCCUACAAGGUGGUGCUAUGGACAGAAACAGGCAGGACCGUAGAGCACACCUUCUCCGUGGAGGAAUUCGUGCUUCCCAGGUUUGAAGUGAAAGUGACCGUGCCAAAGACAAUCACCAUCAUGGAAGAAGAGAUCCACGUGGUGGUGUGUGGCACAUACACCUAUGGGAAACCUGUUCCGGGACACGUGACUGUGAACAUUUGCAGAAAGUACAGUCAUCCUUCUAACUGCUUUGGUGAAGAGUCCAUGGCUUUCUGUGAGACAUUCGGUCAUCAGCUAAAUGACGAUGGCUGCUUCUCACAGCUAGUGGAAACCAAGGCUUUCCAGCUAAAGAGGAAAGAGUAUGAGAUGCAGCUUGAAGUGAAUGCCAAGAUCCAAGAACACGGAACAGAUGUGGAAGGAAACGGAAAAGGGUUCAUUAAAAUCACAAGAAUCUUAACCAACCUGUCAUUUGUGAAUGUGGACCCACAUUUCAGACCAGGAAUCCCAUUUGUUGGACAGGUGCUCUUGGUGGAUGGGGAAGGCAUCCCUAUCCCACACGAAAUGGUCUUUAUUGAAGCAGACGAAGCAAACCAUCACUCAAAUGCUACCACUGGGGAGAAUGGCCUGAUGCGGUUCUCCAUCAUCACCGACGACAUCAUAGGCACCUCCCUCACUGUCAGGGCCAAAUACAAGGAUAACCACGUCUGUUAUGGAUUCAGAUGGUUGACAGGAGAGAAUGUGGAGGCACAGCACACUGCCAAUGCCGUUUUCUCGCCAAGCAAAAGCUUUGUGCACCUGGAAUCCAUAGCUGGUAAACUGCCCUGUGACCAAACACAGCAGGUCCAGGCGCAUUAUAUUCUCAAUGGAGAGGCUGUGCUGGAGAUGAAGGAGCUGAUCUUCUAUUACCUGAUAAUGGCAAAGGGAGGCAUUAUCCGAUCGGGGACUCACACACUGCCUGUGGAGCGGGGAGACACGAAAGGCCAUUUCUCCAUAUUCAUGCCGGUGGAGACAGACCUGGCUCCUGUAACUCGAUUGCUCCUUUUUAUCAUUCUGCCUGAUGGAGAAAUAGUUGCAGAUACUGUCAAAUAUGAGAUUGGAAACUGUCUGGACAACAAGGUGAAUUUGAUCUUCAGUAAAAGUAAAGGUCUUCCGGCCUCCCGUGCCCUCCUGAGUGUCACAGCUUUUCCUCAUUCCCUCUGUGCUCUGCGAGCCGUGGACGAGAGUGUGCUGCUCAUGAAGCCCGAGGCUGAGCUCUCUGCAUCCUCGGUUUAUGAUCUGCUACCAGUGAAAGACCUCACUGGCUUCCCUGAGGGUGCAGAUCUGGAGGAAGAAGACAGCAAAGACUGUGUCAGGCAAAACAACAUGUACAUUAAUGGCGUCCUGUAUUCCCCAGUACAAAAUACAAAUGAAGAGGAUAUAUAUGACUUCCUAAAGGACAUGGGGUUGAAGGUAUUCACCAACUCAGAUAUCCGUAAACAUAAGAUCUGUGAACAACCCGAAGAAAUCACAAAAGUACCAACUGCAUAUCAACUCUUAAGCCACAAUCCUGUGGAGGAUAUUCUAGAGGCUUUCGAGUAUCCCCAGGAGACUAUACGAAAAUACUUCCCUGAGACAUGGAUCUGGGACGUGGCGGUUGUGGACUCAACUGGAAUGGCUGAGAUAGAGAUGACGGUCCCUGACACCAUCACCACGUGGAAGGCCGAGGCCUUCUGCCUGUGUGAUGCUGGGUUGGGCCUGUCUCCCAUAACCCAGUUCCAAGCCUUCCAGCCCUUCUUCUUAGAGCUCGAAAUGCCCUACUCUGUGAUCCGUGGAGAAUCCUUCAAGCUCAAGGCCACCGUGCUGAACUAUCUCCAAAUGUGCAUCCAGGUUGCUGUGCACCUAGAGGCCUCUCCUGAUUUCUUAACUGCACCAUUGCAGAAGGCACGAGAGUCUCACUGCGUCUGUGUGAAUGAGCGUCACACUAUCUCCUGGAUAGUAACCCCAAAGUCAUUAGGAAAUGUGAAUUUCACUGUGAGUGCGGAGGCACUCAAUUCUCAGGAGCGAUGUGGGAAUGCAGUACCAGUGGUCCCUGAGCAUGGAAAGAAAGACACAGUCAUCAAGUCCCUGUUCGUUGAACCUGAAGGUCUAGAAAAUGAAGUGACAUUCAACAGCGUGCACUGUCCAGAGGGUACUAAGCUGUCUGAACAGAUACCCCUGAAGCUGCCACCAGAUGUGGUAGAGGACUCUGCCCAAGCCUCUGUCACAGUUGUGGGAGAUAUACUGGGUACUGCCGUGCAAAACACACAGGAUCUCCUUGAGAUGCCCUAUGGCUGUGGAGAACAGAAUAUGGCUCUGUUUGCUCCUAAUAUCUAUGUCCUGGAUUAUCUGAAUGUAACACAACAGCUGACCCAGGAGAUCAAGGACAAAGCCAUUGACUAUCUCAAAGUGGGGUACCAAAGACAGUUAAACUACAAACACCAAGAUGGUGCCUACAGCACCUUUGGGGAUAAAUCUGGCAGGAAUGAUGCCAGUACCUGGCUCACAGCCUUUGUACUGAAGAGUUUUGCUCAGGCUCAAAACUAUAUCUUCAUCCAUGAAGCACUUAUCACCCAAGCCGUCCUCUGGCUUUCCCAUCAGCAGAACGACAAUGGCUGUUUCAGGAGCUCCGGGUCUCUGAUCAACAAUGCAAUAAAGGGAGGAGUAGAAGAUGAGGUCACCUUGUCUGCCUACGUCACCAUUGCUCUCCUGGAGAUGUCUCUCCCUAUCACUCACAUUGUUGUCCGGAAUGCCCUCUUUUGCCUGGACACAGCCUGGAAGUUAGCAAAGAAAGGAGCCCAUGGCAGCCAUGCCUAUACUAAGGCACUGUUAGCCUACGCAUUUGCCCUUGCUGGGAACCAGGACAUGAGAAGAGAGAUCCUGGAAUCACUUGAUGAGGAAGCUGUGAAAGAAGACAAUUCCAUCCACUGGACAAGACCUCAGAAACACAUGCUGCCAGUGGGUUUUUGGUUCCAACCUCAGGCUUCCUCUGCUGAGGUAGAGAUGACUGCCUACGUGCUCCUGGCCUAUCUCACCAUCCAGCCAACUCCAGACGAAGAGGAUCUGACUACUGCAAUGCUCAUCAUCAGAUGGCUCACAAAACAGCAGAAUUCCAACGGUGGCUUCUCCUCCACUCAGGACACAGUGGUGGCUUUGCAGGCUUUAUCCAAAUAUGGAAUAGCUACUUUCACAGGAGCUAAGAAAGCUGCACAGGUGACCAUCUAUUCUACAGAUUUAUUUUCUACAAAAUUCCAAGUGAACAACGGCAACCAGUUAUUAUUACAGAGGGUCUCACUGCCGACUGUGCCUGGGGAUUACACCACAGAGGUGACAGGAGCAGGGUGUGUGUACCUUCAGACAUCCUUGAAAUACAAUGUCCAACCAGAAGAAAAGGGGUUCCCAUUUGCUUUAGUGGUGCAAACUCUGCCUCAUAUUUGUCAUGAUCACAAACCUCACACCAGCUUCCAGAUCUUACUUAACAUCAGUUACAUUGGAAGCCGUUUUAACUCCAACAUGGCAAUUGCUGAUGUGAAGAUGGUGUCUGGCUUCGUCCCCUUGAAACCAACAGUGAAGAUGCUUGAAAUAUCUAUGGAUGUGAGUCGGACAGAAGUCAGCAAUGAUCACGUCUUGAUUUACAUGGAGAAGGUGUCAAGUGAAAGGAUAAACUUGUCCUUCAUGGUUCAGCAAGAUAUUCUAAUAAGAGACUUGAAGCCAGCCAUAGUGAAGGUCUAUGAUUACUAUGAGAAAGAGGAGUUUGCAGUUGCUGAGUACAGUGCUCCUUGCCACAAAGAUUAUCAAAAUGACUGAGGACACCAUGAAUAAAGUGUUUUGCCGAAGUCCUGUUCUUAGGACUUCCUAAGAAAGACAUUGUUGUUGUAUUUUCAAAGAACUGAUAAAUAAAACAUUUUUUCCUAUGUA